AUGACAAACAAACUUAUUGGCGCCAAGGUGUUUGUGCGGCGUGAUGAGGGCACAGAACACAAAGCGGAGCUGCUGUUGGAGCGGUUGAGAAAGGGCAAGGUUGAGUUUUAUGUUCAUUACGAGGGCUGGAACAAACGCUUGGACGAAUGGAUAGAUGAGACGCGCUUGAACUUGAACCGGCCCGUUGAGUUCCCUAAGAAAAAGGAACCCGAGAAGGAUUCCAAGGACAAGAAAAGGAAGACGCCUGGAGGAAGUCAAAGUGCCACCGCAACGCCGGCUCCUGAAGCGGAAAGUACAGAUGUUACUGACGUUGGUGAAGCUGAGCCGCAAUUCGACCCCAAGCAGGAGAUCGAACGGCUUAGGACAUCCGGGUCAAUGGUUCAAAACCACUCAGAGGUGGCCCGUGUGCGAAACAUCAACAAAGUUGUUUUUGGCGGCUACGAAAUUGAGCCGUGGUAUUUCAGUCCGUACCCGCAAGAGUUGAGCGAGGAAGAUGAGAUUUACAUUUGCGAGUUUUCGUUGCAGUAUUUCGGUUCCAAGUUCCGAUUCGAACGGUUCAGACAAAAGUACACACUACGCCAUCCGCCCGGCAAUGAGAUUUAUCGUGACGAAAAGUUCUCGUUUUACGAAAUCGACGGCAGACUGCAACGCACAUGGUGUCGUAACCUGUGCUUGCUUUCAAAACUGUUCCUGGACCACAAGACACUGUACUACGAUGUCGACCCGUUUUUGUUUUACUGCAUGUGCACCAGGGAUGAGUACGGCCACCACCUGGUGGGCUACUUUAGUAAAGAGAAAGAGUGCGCGGAGGGAUACAAUGUUGCAUGUAUUCUGAGCUUGCCCCCAUACCAGCGAUUUGGCUACGGCAAAGUUCUGAUUGAUUUCAGCUAUAACUUGUCCAAGAUCGAGGGCAAGCUCGGGUCUCCUGAAAAGCCCCUGAGUGACCUGGGUCUCAUUAGUUACCGGUCGUAUUGGUCGGACAUUUUGAUUGAGCUGCUUGUAGAGGGAGGCAAGCCGGACACCACCAUUGAAGAACUCAGCGCCCAAACAGCCUUCACCAGCGCCGACAUUAUGCACACUUUACAGGCCCACAGCAUGAUACGGUAUUACCGUGGCCAGCAUGUGAUCUGCUUGACGAGCGCGGCCAUUGAGCGCUACGAGAAGAAAAAGGCCAAAAAAGCCCACCGCAUCGACCCGACAAAACUCAAGUGGAAGCCUCCCGUCUUCACUCCGGCCCAGCUGCGGUUCGCUUGGUAA